UUACUCUCUAACUAAGACAUGACGGUUCCUAAAAACAAAUACUUUAAAUUAUUAUUUUUUUUAAAGAGUUCAAUCAACGCUUUACUCCCAAUUCCCAAGUCCCAACUCCCUUCAUAAGCAAGCCCCAAAAAGCCGGCAGAACAAAAUCUCAAACACUUCAAUUUUCGACGCUUUUGAGCUUUAUCCAUCAACCAUGUGCUGCGACGGAGAUUGCAGACCAAUUGGUUUUCUUUUAGGCCUUCCUUUCGCCUUCUUAUGUCUUCUCGUCUCCAUUGUUGGCGUCAUCGUUUGGAUCGUCGGAUUGACAUUAAGUUGCAUAUGUCCAUGUUGUUUAUGUGUGACUGUAUUAGUGGAGCUUGCACUUGAACUUAUCAAAGCUCCUAUUCAUGUCAUGGAAUGGUUUACUUCUAAGAUCCCUUGCUAAUUUUGAUUUUUUUGAUUAUUUCUUUUUGUAUUUCUUGUAAAUUUCAAUAAUUUGAUUUUGGGGUUUGUGUAAUAAUUGUUGUUUAUUAAUAAUCAUGGGUUGGUCUUUUUAGUUGUAUUUAUGGGAUUUCUUUCACAAAAUUUGUAUGUUGUCUUAAUUUUAUAUAAUGGAUUUAUUGUUAUUGCAAUAAAUUGAUCAUUACUUA